AUGAACAUCUUUAAACGACUUUUUUCUUCUAACACAAGCGACUCGCAAACUACAGGGUCUCCUCAAAGCGGGCGUGCAGGUUUGAGUAGCGGACCGCAAACGCUUGGCCGGCAAUCAAGUCGCACAAAUAAUAAUAACAACAACAACCCGACGAUGACCAACAAUGCGAGUUUUGCGGACGCCCGCAAUAGCAUGAGCAGCCCACUUUCCGGCAUUCAGGCAAGCUUUGCAUCUGGUGGGAAUGGAUCGGAUACAUUAUCAGAUGUCUCAUUGACAGCCGAUCUGUUUGAAGAGGACCGUAAGGCAUGUGCGGAAUUUGUAUACUUGGGUGAGGAGAUUAAGUUUGAGAUACUUAUUGGUGAUGAGGGGGACGAUUCACUGAGUACUAAAAGUGGUAAAGGUGGAAGUAAUAGCACAAGCAUUAGCAGCAGCAGUAGUACGAGCAGCAGCAGCAAUACAAGCGAACAAGGAGGGGGCCGAUGGGGGUGGCUACCUGGACGAAGAAAUUCUCGAGGGGGGCGAGGAAUCGGGGGAAAUGGUAAUUCUUCGUCCACUGCAACAGUGGUUCCAUUACAAAGGAAAUAUUUGGAGCAGCAUGAGCGCGAUAUGCGGAGGGAUUUCAGAAGACGCAUGGCACAUUUUCGUACCGCAACAGAGCCACAGAUGGUGGAGUUUCUGGCGGUUGGCGGGCCUCCACCAGCAAUGCGGCUCGUGCCACCACCUGAGGCAAUCAUGGUUGACUUGUGUCCCGGGUAUGCCGAAGAGUUCGGGAUGAAAGGUGAAGAAAAGGAGGGAUCAGAAAGAGCAGAUGCGAAACUGAGCAGUGAGAUUAUGGGUCGCGUGCUGACAAAGUGUGGACGCACAUUUCUGUACACGGUGCAGGUCAAUUCUUCUUAUCUGGAUCCGAAACACUGGCCAGUGCAUUCUGCAGAACCGACGGCAGAGGAAAGCCAAGGGUACCAGGAUUUGAAUGAAAGUUUGCGCAAGUUGAAGGAGACUGAAAAAGCAGAUGAUGAUAAAAAGAAGGAGAGUACCGAUGAUGAAGAAGAAAAGGAUUCAAAGAGAGAUUCAAAUAAAAUGAGCAAGACGGUCUCUGAAGACUCAGAGCUAUCUUCAUUAUCGUUUAGACAGCUGGGCCCGAUUCGAGGAUUUGACAAGCUUGACUACUGGGACCCGGAAAAAUAUCUCGACAAGGAUUCUCCAGAAUGGGAACAAAAGACUCGCGAAGUUCGGACAUACCGGCGACUUGUUCAGCGGCACUAUUACGCCACGGAGAUGGAUCUCGCGCACGAUGGAGAUUUCACCGACAUUUACAGUUACACAGACUUUUCGAGUCGUACAGGGGGUCGACUUGGACGUGGUCCUCAUGGCCCAAAUGCCGCAGCAAGUGGAGCAGGUGCAAAAGCUGAUGGACCUUUGCGGGGGCGACGAUAA